CUGAGCAGCCCCGCGCCGCCGGCCCUCCGCCGCCGCCUCCGCCGCUUGCGAGGUCGACUCGACGCCCCGACACAGACACCGCGACCUUGACGGCGACGUCACGCACCGCGACAAGCUGCCCCUCCAGCGCGGACUCUUUGCCCUGUGACGGCCCUCUGGAUUUUUUUUACUUUUUAGGAGAUUCCACUCGAGUGUCAGUCCGAGUCACUGUGCAGAUCUAGUGUUGUGUGACGAGUUCGGACCGCUAAGUACUCGACGUGUGGUUUUCCGCACACUGUUUUGACAACUAUUCUGGUUUUUUUCCUCUCUUAAUAUCUCGAUCGUGUCUGUAUUGUACUGUGUCAGUUGAUGACAAUCGAGUGCGGUUCGUGUGACAUGUGAUGUGUUCGAAUGUAAUAACAAUGGGGUGAGAAUCUCAAAUUUGGGAUUCUUUUUUUCCAAAUCGUCAGAAAACGAAUGCUUGGAGUUGAUUUCUGAUCUUUGCUGUUGUGUGUGAUCGAGACGGAAAGAGUUUUGGGACGUGAGUGUGUAGUUAUUUUUUUUUAAAUGCGAAAAAAAUGGAGACGAUAACAUUUUUGCUCGUUUUCCGUGUGGAAUACUCAUUUCUUGGAUUCUCCUGCGAGUAACUCGCCCGGCAGCGUGAACAUUGUGGUAAUUUCUCGACAGUGUUCCUCGAAGUCAUGGAGACCGAAGAAAUUACGAAACUCGUGGAUGGCAUAUACAAGAAUAUACUUGACAAAUUCAACCCAGGCGCUAGACAAUUAAUCCAGGCUGGAAAGGCAUACUUAAAAGCUCUUCAAGGUGCCGCGGCAGCGUCCGGCCUCUAUGUGGAGGCCAUCGGCAAACUGGCUCGUCAGGCGCAGCAGGCCACGUGGGGAGGCUCUUCCGAUAUCGGAUCCGCUCUAAACCAGGUUGUAGAAGUGUACAAAGAUAUCCAGAAUCAGCAAAUCAACAUACUCAAAGCUUUCUAUGUGGAUCUACUUUUGCCUUUGGAAACAAACUUGGAAAAGGAUACGAAAGUAGUUCAGAGCGAGCAGAAGCGCUUCCUGCAGCAGCACAAGCAGCGCUACGAGACGUACAGCAAGGCGGCGGCCAUCAUGAAGAAGCAGCGCAAGAAGAGCAAGGGCGCCUCCAAGACCGGCAUCGCCAUGGACAAGGAGCUCAAGAAUAUGCAGGUGCUUGAGGAAGAAAAAACCAAGUUGGACGACUUCUGUGAGCAGAGUCUAAAGACAGCCAUGACGCAGGAGCGGCGGCGCUACGGCUUCGUGCUGGAGCGGCAGUGCUCGCUGGCCAAGCACUACCUGGCCUACCACUCGCUGGGCAGCUCCAGCCUGCAGCGCCACCUGGACGGCUGGCAGGACGUGGCCGGCACGCGCGAGUUCCUGCCCGACGGCGUCCAGUCCGUGCUCACCGGCCGCCUCAGGCACGUCAACUUCUGGUCGGACGAGGACGCGUACGCCAGCCCGCGCAGCCCCGACGCGGACGAGGACGAGGACCGGCUGUCGCUGGCGUCGCAGCUGCGCAAGACCAAGUCCAUGGACGCGUCGUGCCUCGACGUGCGCUGCAUCAACGAGGCCGCCAGCCCGCUCAAGCCGCUCUCGCGCGCAAAGUCCGACUUCAACCUCGCCUCCUCCACGCACUCGCUCGAGUCAGUGGCCGAGUCGCCCACGCGCCACAAGUCGCUGGCGCCGCCCUCGGAGCCGCUGCUGGCGCGCGCACUCUACGCCUACCUCUCGUCGGGCGACAACCAGCUCAGCUUCCUCGAGGGCGACGUCAUCGCGCUCAUAGGUGAACGCAACAAAGGCUGGCAGUUUGGAGAGAACCUUCGCACGCAGAACAGUGGGUGGUUCCCUCUCGCCUACACAGAAGUGAUUAUGGAUGAACUCACUGUGGGGUCGCCGCAGCGGGCGUCGGGCGGCGACUGGGCGUGCUCGGCCGCCACCACGCCCGCCACGCCCACCGCCGCGCUGGCGGGCGCCUGCUUCGCGCCGGCGCCCUCGCCGUCGCCCGCGCCCUCGUCGUCGGCGUCGUCCUCGUCCUCGUGCUCCGCAUCCACCGCGUCCGCCCACGGGCUCGCCCCCGCCCUGGCGCUGUCGCCGUCGCAGCCCGCGCAGCUGUGCGCGCUGGCGGCCAAGGGCGCCGCCGACGCCCCGCGCCCCGCCUCCGUCGCCCUCUGCGGGGACGCGCUGCUGCUGCGCGGCGCCUCGCGAAAGGUUAAUUUAUUUCCAAAUUAA